AUGGGUAUUCCGGAUGUCGAGUGUUCAGAAAUUUUGAGGGACCCUGAACAACUCAUGAGGAAAGUAAGCAUAGAAAACUGGAUAACUCCAAUGAUAUAUGCUGGUCAUGUUGAUCAUGUCAUCUGGAUGCACCCAACAUGGUCUCGACAGCUCUUGAAUAGGAAGCCAACAUGCUAUUCUAUCGGUGAAGACCUGUGCACGAAAAGAUUAGUGGUCGGCAUCCCUGAGUCCUAUUUCUAUAAUGAUGGUGUAUUCUGUAUGGAAGAGGAUAUUAGCUCUCCUGUGAAAUUCGGGCUUACAGUAGCUCCAAUUCAUGAAACAAAUACGUUAUGUAGAGUGUGUACAGAUAUCAUAUGUGUAUUGCUUAACCAGUCUUUUAUUCUGGAUAUUGAUUUGGAUACUUUUUCCACUCAAAAUCCACUUUCUAAUAAGUUUACAGAGGAACAAUUUGAAAUUAUUGAUCGCUUGUAUGCUCCACCCCCACCGCUUACUUUGUGUUUGUCUCCGAAAGAUUUGGAAGAUCCAGCCGUUAUUGUGGCUCAUGGUAUGAGCAGUGCUCAUGUCUUAAAUGCUGCUCGAAAACGUCAGUUAACUCGUCUUUCACAAUGGAUUUCUUGCUGGGAUCGUGGAACAAUUCCAUCAACUGAGGAUUUUCUUCUAUUUCCUUAUGAAUUAAUGGAGUUUUCUCGAUUAAUCCUCUCUCUGACUGAACAGAAAUUUAGUUCUACUGUCUUAAGAGCAGUUAAAAAAACUCUAGAUUUAGCUUACAAACAAACUACUCAUAACAAAAAUCCGCCAUUGAUUUCACUCGGUUCCGAUGAUGAAACCAUUCAAAAUGCUUUAAGAGAAUUAACUAAGGGUUCUAAUUCCAACUUGACCAGAAGCUUACCUUUGGACCAGAACACUUCGGAAAGUAAGGAUUCUUCAUUCGUAUCGGACUACACUAGCUUUAUACCAAUGAAACGUCGUUCCAGUAGUCCUGGCAGUGUAUAUACAGAUUCAAAAUCAAAACUACGUUCAUCCGAACCAUUUGUAACAUUUAAUAAUACGAGUCCGGCUGAAGUUGAUGAAAAUUGUCAAUCGUCAAACACUUCUCAGUAUUCUAUGGAAGUAGAUGAUGCGGAUACCUGUAAUCAUAAUGGUUUAAAUGAAAAUCGUAGUUUGAAAGUAGUUUUGACUAAAUUGGAAGCAAGUCCAAACACAUCUUGUAUAAUUGAUGAUGACAAUGAGGGUGAUGAUGCUUUAAGUGUUCAACAAUCUGCUCCUCCCCUAUCAAAUAAAUAUAAUGAAGAAAAUCUGAAUUUUAUGCAUUACUUAUGGUCUGGGUGCGCAGAUCAAAAAUACAAUGCAUUGCCACAUUCUAUAACCACUCUCAAAGAACAGAAUGAAUUAUGUGAACAAAUGGAAGGUUUGUUAAAUCGUUUACACAAUCCUUGUAUGAUUACGAUUGCUAGAUCUGUAUAUGAUGGUUAUACUCCUACUGAUCAAGUAUCUACCAUACAACUCGGUUUAUUACAAAUGCUUGAUCGUGUUUAUGGGCGUAAUUUACUUUCAGUCACUUUAGAUUAUGAAAAUGCUGAGAGUGACAUAGAAACACUGAACACAAUGGGAUUUCAUAUCGUUACUCCAGAAGAAUUUCAAAUGGGUGGUCGUCGUAUAUCACCGAUGUCGUGCCUCGCAAGAUCUGAUGGCACUAGUGUUGCUUAUCGUACUGAACCCGGUCGAAAAGAAAUAGUUUAA